CACAAGCAGAUCUUCCACCCUCAGAUCUCUGACUGCGAAAGGCCUCACCUUAGGUGAGAACUUUGGCUCUCAUUCAGCUCUCAGGGUGUCUGCCUCCUCACAGCUGAAGGUCCUUCUUGUCUGAGAUGGACAGUGUUACUUAACAGUAUGCGUGCUCUAGGACCAUGAAUGACAUCAAGAGUAACCGAGAACUAUACCAGCAAUACACUGCCAGCAUCUCCAGGCUGCUCAUCAUCUGCCAGAAUGCAGGCAUUUCUGUACCCAAGGGCGUCAGAAACAUCUUUGAGUUCACCUGGGAGGAGCUGAUCACUGACCCCAUGAUCCCUACCCCUUCUGAAAUCCUGGGCCUGGAGAUCAACAUUGGAGCCCCACCCGUGGUGCUUAUGGAACCGGCCCCUGUGCAGGCCCCUGUCCAGAAGAAGCCACCACCGCCAGUGCUACCACUGCCGAUGCUGCCCGCUUCCACUGGGCCGGCCAAAUUCUCCAUGCACUCUCCCACCGACGGCCACCAGGGGCCAUCCAGCCAGGAGACCCUGCACAGGUUCCAGAGGCAGUGUAUCCACCUGCUGACCGAGCUCCUCACCCUGAAGAUGAAGGCCAUGCUGGAGUCCGUGUCCAUAGGUGCCAACCCCCUGGACAUUACAAGGCGCUUCGUGGAGGCCAGCCAGCUUCUCCCUGCCAAGGAGAUGGCUCUCGACUGCCUCAUCGGCACCGUCGGGAGAAGUGGUUGCAGUGUCGGUCAGAUGGGGAAAGAUUCCUCCACAAACAUCCCAGCCGUGCGAGUGAACUCGCCUUACCAGCUUGUCUACGACUCCUCUACUGGCUGUCUGAGCUUUUCCCUCUCAACCGGAAGGGAAGUCAAGAAGAAAACAGGCAAACCCCCAAAUUUGGAAGAAGUAGUCUUGACCUCCCCACGACGAGGAGCGGGAACCUCUGCCUCUGAGGUUAUCGAGUUCAGCGACCCCUGCCCUGAAGCCCGGGAGAAGCUGCAGGAGAUGUGUCGCCUUAUAGAAGCCGAAAGGGUCUCGUGGAAAGGGAGGAAUGUCUUCUACCCCAUGAUCUUACGCAACUACAGGGCAAAGAUGCCCCCUCAUCUACUGUCAACCCCCGAAGGGGAUGCUCAGACCCCAAGCUCCUGCCAUCCGCACCCUCCAGGUGCCCAGACUUCCCCUCCCACCCCUCACCAGCCUCCCGCCCAUCAUCUUCACUUGGGCCCGCAUUCUCAGGAGUGGAAGGCACCCAAGAAGGCCAUCAGGUUGCAUUACACCUUCUACGAUGGGUCCUCCUUCAUUUACUAUCCCUCCGGAAACAUCGCCGUGUGUCAGAUCCCCACAUGCUGCAGAGGGAGAGCCAUCACCUGCCUCUUUAAUGACACACCCAGCUUCUCCUUCCUGGCCAUGUUCAAUGCUGAAGGCCAGGGCUGCGUUCACUACAACCUGAAGCCCUGCUGCCCAUACGUCUUGGUGUUGGAUGAGGAAGGUGGGACCACCAGCGAUUACAAGGGCUAUGUAGUCCACAAGUGGAGCUGGACCUCCAAGACGGAGACUUUGCUCUCCCUGGAAUACAAGGUGAAUGAGCAAAUGAAGCUGACAGUGCUAGGGCAGGAUUCUAUCAUGGUCACCUUUACCUCCCUGAAUGAGACAGUAACACUCCCUGUAUCGGCCUACAACUGUCCCCAUGGGACAUCGCACGAUAAACGGAUGACCCGCAGAAUCAGCAGCAUGGAUGAAAAGAUGUCUAACUUGAGUCGGGCCCUGGCAGAGAUCAAGAGGCGGUUUCAGAAGACAGUGUCCCAGUUCAUGAACUCCGUCCUGCUGGCGGCAGGCCUGUUCACCGUAGACUAUCCGGUAAAGGAGGAGGCAGAAAUCAUUCGGACGAGAUUAAGGUCCGGGCCCUAUCCUGAGCACGCCACCAAGCUGAGUUUAUACUCAGGAGAAAUCCUUUUAUUACGAUCUCAGUCAGCCCAACCCGAAUCCUCAAUGGAGGAGUCUUCGAAGGAGGAGCCUGUGUUGGCUCCUGUGAGCCCCACUCGGAAGAAGCCCAUCAAGGUCCAGGCCAAGGCCACGGUCACAGCCAGAGGGAAGGCCGCAGAGGUUCACAGCCCCACCAGGUGGGCAGCCUCACCCUCCAACUGCCCACUGGUGCUGCGGAAGCUCACGCAGGAAGACGUCGGGGCCGGCUGCAGGUGCAUGGUGAGGGCACCCCUGGUGUCCGACCUGGAGCUGGAGCACUUCCUGUCAGCACCCCGAGACCCCAGCCAGGUGCUGGUGUUCGGGAUCGUGUCGGGCCAGAACUCCACCAGGUCGGGGCAGCUGCAGCGGCUGCUGGACACACUCUACAGUCACCGGCAGCAGGGCCACGCCUCCCCCUGCACCCAGUGCCGGCACGACCCCUACCGCCUGCUGCAGUACAACCUGGACAGCCCCCUGCAGAGGGACCCUCCCCUGCUGGUGAAGAAGUACGCUGUGAUGGAGGGGAUGGUUCUGAUGUUCGCUGGGGGAAAGCUCCUUUUUGGGGGCUGCGUUUUGAAUGGAUAUGGCGUCAGCAGGCAGAAUCUGCUGAAACAGAUCUUCCAGGCUCGACAGAACUGCAAGAUGGGCUACUUCCUGCCUGAGAACUACAAGUUUAGCCUCCCCUGCAGCGUUUCAGCCUCCACCCCAGGCCUGGAGGACCCUGACUCGGCCAAGACAGCGGUGUUGGGAGACAUCCAAGGAAGCCUUUCCUCGUUGGCCUUGGGGAACAGGAUGGAGGAGCCCUCCACUGAAGCUGAGAAGAAACUGGUACAGCCUGAAGUGGAUCUGCAUCCUCUUAGCAGAGCCAGGAGGAGCAGCAAGAAGGUAACCACCUGGAAGAAACAGGCCUCGAAGAAGUGAUGCCAUCCCACAGCCACCCGGAGUGUGGCCUGGCCGUGGCCCCUCCCAAGCCCAUCCUGGGCCCCCCAGCCCUGCCUCUCCAGCCUCCCACCCCUUCUCUGAACUCUGUCUAAUAAACAAGCGUGCCUCCAGCAUCUGGGUGAGGCCGUGGGAUGGGCUGGCUCCUGCAAGGCCGAAGGCCCUGACAGCCCUGUUCCAGGCCGAGGCCUUAGAAACGCGGUGCUUCCUCUGUGGCCAGUGAAGUCAGCCCAAGAAUCUCCCAAGGAAACGAAGGUCUUCAAGGGACCAAGCCAAUGUCGCAUUAACCCUGGGGAGGUCGUGGAUGGGACUAAACUGUGCCCUUCUGCCCUUUGCUGGGUGGGGAAGGGCUCAGAUUCUGGCCCAGGUGGAAAACAGGGUGAGAGGGAGAAGAGGGAGCAGAGAGACAGAGAGAAAGCCAGGCGGGUGGGAGAAGAAAC